AUGGAGAAAGUGUGCUGCAUGUGCGGCGACGUCGGCUUUUCCGACAAGCUCUUCCGCUGCGCACACUGCCGCAACUGCUUCCAACACUCCGACGACAAAAAGCUGAGCAGCGUUGCUAAACAAGGCGCAUCUUCAAGGAAGAAGAAGGCUUCUUCCUCCGUAAAUUACGAGAGAGGGGUCACCAACCGAUCCGAGUAUACUUCCGGUGGCGGGAUCAAGCAUGACAAUAACCAUCACGAUCGAGUGGCCAAGAGCGUUGUCGGACCUGCAGGAGGCGGAGUGCCGUCGCCGAGGACGGCCACGAGAAGGUACAAGCUUCUCAAGGAUGUCAUGUGUUAG